UGUCUCUCUCAGUAUAAAUGCAUAAACUUAAAAUACUAAAAAAAAGGCAAUAGCAGUGAAUUCUGGCAAAUGCAAUCUUUACCUCUUCUUUGUUUUUCUGUUUGUGUUGCUUUGCACCACCUUGCCUGCCCCUCCCGAUCCUUGCUAUAUACAUCUAUGUUUUCAUAUUUGCUUCAUUUUCUUGUUUAUAGAUCCAUAGUCCUGGCAGCCAUGGUGUUAGGAAUACUGCAUGUGGAAGUGACUCAACUGCUUUAGGUGACCCCAGGUAAAAUGCAUAUUUAAUAAUGACCCUGAGAAGGAAUUGAGGGGAUACCUUGUUUUCACAAUGUGAAUAGCCUUGAUUGAUUAAUCAUUUUAAUGCAGAACUUUAUUAACAUUCUCAUUUUAGUUUCUUGUUAUUUUCUUUUGUCUGGAAACAUUCUAGCGGAUAAAUCAAUGGAUAGAGCAAAUAACUCUGUGGUGUCAGAGUUUGUGUUCCUGGGACUCACCGAUUCCUGGGAGAUCCAACUUCUCCUCUUUGUGUUCUCCUCUAUGGUUUAUGUGGCAAGCAUGAUGGGAAACUCCUUCAUCAUGCUCACUGUGAUUUCUGACCCUCACUUACACUCCCCCAUGUACUUUCUGUUGGUCAACCUGUCCUUCAUUGACCUGGGAAUUUCUUCUGUCAUUUCUCCGAAGAUGAUUUAUGACCUUUUCAGAAAGCGUAAAGUCAUCUCAUUUGGUGGCUGCAUCGCCCAGAUCUUCUUCAUCCACGUCAUUGGUGGUGUGGAGAUGGUGCUGCUCAUCGCCAUGGCCUUUGACAGAUAUGUUGCCAUAUGCAAGCCUCUGCACUAUUUGACUAUUAUGAACCGAAAAAUGUGUAUUUUGCUUACAGUUGCUGCCUGGGUAAUUGGCUUGGCCCACUCUGUGAUUCAACUGGUUUUUGUAAUAUCAUUGCCAUUCUGUGGCCCUAAUGUGUUAGACAGCUUUUAUUGUGACUUUCCUCGGCUCAUCAAACUUGCCUGCACAGACACCUACCGUCUAGAGUUCAUGGUCAUAGCCAACAGUGGGUUCAUAUCUCUGGGAUCAUUCUUCAUAUUGAUUGUCUCCUACAUUUCUAUCCUGAUCACUGUUCGGAAACACUCUUCAGCAGGCACAACUAAGGCCCUCUCUACUUUGUCAACUCAUGUCAUGGUGGUGAUUUUGUUCUUUGGCCCUUGCAUCUUUGUUUAUAUCUGGCCUCACCCCACCUCACACCUAGACAAAAAUCUUGCUGUUUUUGAUGCAGUUCUCACUCCUUUUUUUAACUCAGUCAUCUAUACAUUCAGGAACAACGAGAUGAAAGUGGCAAUGAGGAAAGUGUGUAGUCGGUUUAUUAUUUAUAGAAGGAUUUCUUAAAUGACACAAGUAUUACAAAAUUUCCUUAUUGACUUGAAGUAACAUUACGUAUCUAUAGUUUGAAUACCAGAUUCCAAGUACCUUACUACCAUUAAGUUGUCCCAGAUUAAAAUAACAAGGGUCUUUAAAAAUCUUAACUGAGAGAUUGUGUUGCUGCCUAUGGUUGGUUGAAGGAAGCAUGUGGUGUGAAAAACAGUAGCUCCCAGAGAAGGACAAUUGCUUGUCUCUCGGGAGACAUUACCUUGAUGAAUUUACUGUGGUCUAGAAUUCAAAAUUGGGUCUCUUCAGUGUCUGAGUGCGUUACAUAAGGGAAUGCUGAUUGAUGCAAAAUAAAUUGAUACUAGAUAGGAAUAUAUACGUAUAUCAAGAUGUCAAUUGAUUAACUUGCUGU